AUGUCAGCUCAAUCGCCCGUUAUUUUGAUUCUCGGCGCAGGGCCCAACAUUGGGAUCAAUGUGGCGCGGGUCUUUGCUGCCAAAGGCUACAAGGUCGCACUAGCCUCGAGAUCGCUGAAAGACCAAGAAAGCACUGUGGAUCAACUCAACAUCCAUAGCGACUUGUCCAACCCAGAUUCGGUAGUUGACGCCUUCUCGAAAGUCAAAACCGCACUCGGUACCCCAAGUGUUGUGGUGUACAAUGCGGCGGCUUUGACCCGGGCUGAUGGGGAGAAUCCUCUCUCUUUGCCUCUAUCUGACUUCACUCGUGACCUGAAUGUCAACACUACUAGUGCCUUUGUCGCUGCACAGCAAGCAGUUCUAGCCUUUCAAGAACUUCCCCCUUCGGCAUCGAAAACUUUCAUUUAUACCGGUAAUAUGUUGAACACAACCGUCAUUCCACCUCUCUUGGAUCUGGGCGUUGGAAAGUCGGCCACGGCGCAUGUUAUACAAACCGCCGCAACUUCUUACUCUGAUCGCGGGUUCAAAUUUUACUACGCCGACGAACGCAAGGCUGAUGGGUCGAUUACCCCUCAGAUUGACGGAGAGGCACAUGCCGAGCUUUAUGCGCAGCUUGCUGAGGGCAAGUCUCAGGGACCUUGGCAACAGACCUUCGUCAAGGGUUCAGGAUACAAGAAGUUCGCCCCUGCGAAUUGA